GUUAUUUUUGUUUUGUUUUUAUGUAUAACGGCAUCGAGUGCGGACGUGUUUUCAGCGCUCUGUGUUUAGUUUAAUUAUAAAAUCUAAAAAAAAACCAACGAUCAUGUCUGAAGUGUGUCAAAAGUGUACAUUUAAUAUUACGUCCACUCAGCAAAAAAUUAAAUGUGUAAGGUGUUCGAAGAGAUAUCAUAUCAAUUGCAUGAACCCAACAAUCGGGGAAUUGCAAUAUUUGAAAGAUAACAAAGAGAAAUGGCAAUGUCUUACAUGCAUCGAAUCUAAUACGAAAUUACGAAACACUGGCAGCUCAUCAUAUUAUGUUCCAGAUGAGAUCCCAGCAUCUGUGGAUGUGGAUCCUAAUGACGGUCAACUAAAUACGUCAACUGCACUUGCACACAUCAUAGGUCAACUGAAAACUGUUUUAGAAGUACAAUCAGAAACAACUACGUCGAUCAAUUUAUGUCACGAAAAAAUUGAUGAGUUGAACAACAACUUCAAAAAACUAAGCGAUGCGGUGACAGCCUGUGAAAAAAAUAUUGAAGCUUUAGAAACUAAGAACGUAAUUCUUCAAAGGGAAAACAGUGAGAUUAAAGAAAAAUUAAAUGAGUUGGAACAGUACACCCGGAAAAAUAUCUUUGAAGUAUAUGGCGUGCCGGAAUCCCCAGGAGAAAAUAUUGCCGUUGUUGUCCAAGCAGUGGCCAAUUCGAUAGGGUUUAAAUUGGAAAGAUGGAUGAUCGAUACUACUCAUCGGUUGCGAAAAAACGCAAAUCGUCCGGAUCAAGCCAGGGGAAUCAUUAUUAAGUUCGUACGCAGAUUAGAUAAAGAAGAGUUCAUGAGGUUAAAGCGAGUUAAACGUGAACUUAAAAUGUUAGAUGAGUAGGAAUAUUUUAGGAAUUGCACACUUAAAUGCCCAAUCUCUUCGUAAUAAUUUUUCAGAAUUCAAGGAUCUCGCAUUUGAGUGCAACUUUGACAUAAUAGGAAUAACAGAAACGUGGUUAUCGCCCGAAGUACCUAGUGAUGCAGUUCA